UUGAGUAUUUCUGUAUUUUUACUUAAGCCCAAGUAAAAAAAGAUAACCUAAAGAAAAAUGGUGAGUAAAUGCCGUCAAAACUAUCACGAGGAGUCUGAAGCCUCCAUCAACAAGCAGAUCAAUCUCGAGCUGACCGCUCAUUAUCAGUACUUGGCUUUGGCUGCCUACUAUGAUCAAGAUGAUGUGGCUCUGAAAGGCUUUGCCAAGUUUUUCAAAGAAUUUGCUGAAGAGGAACAUGAGCAUGCUCAGAAGCUCAUUAAAUACCAGAAUCUUCGUGGAGGCAGAGUAGUCUUCUCAGCCAUCAACCGUCCUGCUCAACAAGAAUGGGCAACUCCUCUGGCUGCCAUAGAAUUUGUUCUUGAUCUGGAAAUGCAAGUCAAUCAAUCCCUGAUGGAUUUGCACAAGGUGGCUAGUGAUCAUAACGAUCCCCAUCUUACCAACUAUUUGGAGGAAGAAUUCUUGAAAGAGCAAGUAGAAUCGAUCAACAAGUUGGCUAAACACCACACAAACUUGCAGUGUGUUGGAGAUGGUCUAGGUGUCUUUGUGUUUGACAAGGAAUUGCAAUCUUAAUUGUCCAGUUAAGAUGCAUACUGGAAUCAAGCUAGAAAGCCCUAGUUAUCAACAGUUCCCCCACUUGUAUACGGAAUUAGCAGACAACUGUUGAUUUUGUAGUUCUCAGAUUCAGACUUCUAUAUUGGGCAUAUGAAUAAAACAUAAACUUACCACCAUU